AAAGGACCUAUUAAAGCGAUAGAGAUCCCGGAGCCUGGUCAAGCUCAAGAUGAAAGAUUACAAGAUAACAAUCAUUCUGGAGUAAGCUAGAAUGCCCUUGUCGAGAUCCAGUGUAGUACCUGCUCGAAUCAUUUCUGGUGGCUUUCCAAUUCUAUUCGGUCCCAAACAAUCUGAAACAAUUUAUAGGAAUAAGCAAUUCCGUUCUGACCCAGAUCAGUUGCUGGAGAGAGAGGCUUUUACCUCACCUUAGAUUUCCUCAUUUCUCCUAGUGAGAAUAAACGUGGGAUAAAUUCAAAUUGAGAUGCCGGCCUCUGACCACCGCCGGCUGCCGAAAGUAAAGUAGCCGGAAAUAUCAGGAGGAAUGUAAAUGGGAAAAAAAUGAAGCUUUUACUUCUUUGGUUUUCAGUAAUUGACGUCUGAACCACUGAUCAGAUGAUGUUUGGACCUCCAACAGCAACCGCCCAACAGUCUUCCCCUCUUCUUCGUCCGCAUUGGAUUCAUAGUGUGUCUAUUUUCUAUUCUUUGCACGAAUAAAUAGGGAGUUCGAUGCAGAUGGAGUAGGAGGGAGGGGAGGAAUGGAGGCGUUCGGCGGCGAUGAGCUGGCGCGGGCGGAGGGGUUGGAGGCUGCGGCAGAGGCAGGCGGCGGCGGCAGUGGCGGAGGUGGGGGUGGGAAGGGGGAGAGGAUAUUGGUGUCGGUGAGGCUGAGGCCGCUGAGUGAGAAGGAGAUCGCGAGGAAUGAUCCCUGCGACUGGGAAUGCAUCAACGAUACCACCAUUAUUUUCAGGAACAGCAUACCAGAACGGGCCAUGUUCCCAACCGCCUACACCUUUGACAGAGUAUUUUGGUGUGAGUGCACCACAAGACAAGUGUAUGAGGAGGCGGCUAAGGAAGUUGCUCUUUCAGUUGUUAGUGGUAUAAAUUCUAGUAUAUUUGCAUAUGGACAAACAAGCAGUGGGAAGACAUAUACAAUGUCCGGGGUAACAGAAUACACUGCUGCGGAUAUAUAUGACUACAUAUGUAGGCAUGAGGAGAGAACAUUCGUUCUGAAGUUCUCGGCAAUAGAGAUAUACAAUGAAGCUGUAAAGGAUCUCCUCAGCACAGACAGCGCUACCUCUAGACUUUUAGAUGAUCCAGAGAAAGGAACUAUAGUCGAAAAACUUACGGAGGAAAUACUGAGGGACUGGAACCAUCUUAAGGAGCUCAUUUCUGUAUGCGAAGCUCAAAGAAAGAUAGGCGAGACUUCCCUAAAUGAAACAAGCUCCAGAUCCCAUCAAAUACUCAGACUGACUAUUGAAAGUUCUGCUCGUGAGUUUUUGGGUAAAGAGAACUCAAGCACACUCGUGGCCAGUGUGAAUUUUGUCGAUCUGGCAGGGAGCGAACGUGCAUCUCAGGCAUCAUCUGCUGGUGCAAGACUGAAAGAAGGUUGCCACAUAAAUCGAAGUUUACUUACCCUGGGAACUGUUGUUCGUAAGUUAAGCAAGGGAAGAAAUGGCCACAUUCCAUAUCGAGAUUCAAAGCUGACACGCAUAUUACAACCUUUCUUGGGAGGUAAUUCAAGAACUGCGAUUAUUUGCACAAUGAGCCCUGCACGAAGCCAUAUUGAGCAAUCCAGGAAUACCCUUCUCUUUGCAAGUUGUGCGAAAGAAGUGGUCACCAGUGCACAGGUCAAUGUAGUUACGUCUGAUAAGGCAUUGGUCAAGCAUUUACAAAAAGAACUUGCUAGAUUGGAGAGCGAAUUGAGAUAUCCAAGAUCUUCUUCCACUAGUGAGGGAGUAAUGAAAGAGAAAGAUGCUCAAAUUAAAAAGAUGGAGAAAGAAAUAAAGAAACUGACCCAACAAAGAGAUCUAGCUCAAUCUCAGCUAGAGGAUUUGCUCCAAGCUGUUGAGGAUGGUCGUGCUUCAACACAAUGGGAGGAAUCCAAUUUGGAUGUCAAAGUGCCUCAUGCAUGUGAGGAUGUACUUUCGGCAUCAGAGUCAUCAGAUGUUGGUGAUCAUGGCCUAGAUUUUGGGUCAGCAGAGUUGGGUACAUUAGACAAUAAACAUUACCUACAUCUUGCUGAAAAACAAAACCAGGCUGUUGUAUCUCCUAGGAACCCAAUCAGCAGUCUUGUUAUUGGACUAAUACCACAUCACAAUGGAGGUGAGAUUGCUCAGAAACCCUGUGAAGAUUUUGAGGAGAUAUGUAAGGAGGUCCGCUGUAUUGUGAUGAAUGAGACAAGCAGAAGCGAAGAUUCAGAAUCUUUCUCGACUGAAGGAAACAAAAAUCUGCUACUGAGUACAGAUUCUUUCAAGCAUGAAGAUCAACAACGAAAACUGUCAGGGCAGAUGGACUUGAGACCUGUUAGUACAAAUCCUCUCACGUUAGAGCAGAAUCUGCAGAAUGUGAGGACAUUUAACAGUCUUGUCAAAGUAUAUCCUGAUGGAUCAUCUCCAUGUUUGUCAGAUCGACACAUAUCAAAAUUUAGAGGCUUAUGCAGGAGUAAAAGUUGUAGGUCAACUCUGUUGAGCUCUUCUUCCUGGUUCCAGGAGGCAGAGCAAAGUGAUUGCACGCCGCCUGACAAAUCUUUAAAGAAUUUUCCUGGAAGGCCUGAAGGGUUGCAGAGAAAACGGAUCGCAUUAAAUUAUGAUGCUGAAAUGAAAAGACUUCCGAGAGAAGGAUCUCAGAGUUCUGGACGUAGUGCUCUCGAAGAACAGAGUGUUGAUAUUAGUGUUGGAGGGAACAUUACUAGCAUUGAUGAUUUUGUUGCUGAACUUAAGGGGAUGGCUAAAGUUCAACAUCAGAAACAACACACGGUGGAUCAGGAGAUGGAAACGAAUGCCAAUGAAGACAUUGGAAUGGAGGGAACCGUAAAGAGUGUAGGCCUGGAUCCAAUCUUAGAUCCCUUGCAGUCUCCUUCAAGAUGGCUGCUGGAGUUUGAGAGAAAACAGCAAGAGAUAAUUGAGCUUUGGCAUGCAUGUAAUGUUUCCUUAGUCCAUAGAACUUACUUUUUCCUGCUUUUCAAAGGUGAUCCAACAGAUUCUAUCUACAUGGAAGUGGAGCUCAGAAGGUUAUCAUUUCUUAAAAACACUUGCUCUCAGGAAAAUUUUGAUAAAACAGCAGGUGUAAGUCAAAAUACUACUCUCUUGUCGAGUACAAAGAAGCUUCGGCAUGAAAGGGAGAUGCUGUGUAGGCAGAUGCAAAAGAGGCUGUCAGCAGAAGAAAGAGAAUGCCUCUACACCAAAUGGGGAAUUGCAUUGGACUCUAAACAAAGGAGACUACAGCUUGCCCGAUGCCUGUGGACUGAAACUGAAGAUCUGGAACACGUUAGAGAGAGUGCAUCUCUUGUUGCAAGGCUAAUAGGACUCCUAGAGCCAGGGCAGGCACUCAAGGAGAUGUUUGGGCUUAGCUUCAUCCCUCAACAAUAUAAUCGGAGGUCAUUCAGCUGGAAACGUGGAAUUUCUUCUCUCAAAGCGAGCAAUAUGUGAAAAUUGUGGCAGCUUGCCAACUAAGCUCCAUCUUUCAUGGUUUGAGGUUAAUUAAUAACAAAGGUUUCUUAUUGUGAUUUAUUCCUUCUGAUUGAGACGUUGUAAAUCAGGUGGGAUUGACGACAUGAUAUCAUGUAUUGCUGCGCCUUCCAAUUGUUGCUCGUUCUUUCAUCAGCAGCAGCAAGUCUGCGGUGAUGCUGCAGAUAUAGGUUACAAUGCUUACAGCUAUCAUUUUAUUUUUUGCGAUUGUAAUAUGGCAUUCUAACUUUUUUCUUUUAC